AUGAGGGUAUUCAUGUUAUGGCACCCCAACCCAAGGAACGUUAAAGUUAUCACAAGGAAAGUUAAAGCCGAUAGACUCUGCUGUACUGGUCACCUAGAGAGAAUGGAAGAGGAUUGGAGUGUCAAUAAAGCAUAUCUAGGAAUAUUAAUGGACCAACAGCCCAGAUAUCGAUUAAUAGCAAUUAAGCAAGCAGCAGCGCAAGAUCGUUGUCUUGUCUCCAAGGCGAAGACUCUGAGGGUCGUUGUGCCAGAGGAGUAA